CUAAAUAUAGGAAUGCCAAGCAUUCUGUUUCUUGCGAAUGAUGAGGAGCAAGCAACAAAACCAUAGGAAUGUUAGGUUAGUAGACAAAAAGAAACCACAAAGAACUAAGAAAAAGAAUAAUGAAACUUUUGUGAAAUAAAAGAGACAGAAAGAAAACAGAAACUAAGUUUAUUAACAAAUAUUUUCAUAUAACAUCCCAGACAAAAAUAAAAACAAAAUUCCAUAGCCAAAUAAAUGAAGAAAACCUAAGCAUUACCUCUCCCUCUCUUUCCCCCUCUCCAUCCUUUCUGUUUCUCUGUAACCAUAAUCUUUACUGGCAUGCUAGAAGAACAAUUGGAGGGGGGCAACAAAGAAGCAGAAGAAGAAAAGGUUGAUUUACCAUCAUUUCGAAUCACGAUUAUGGUUGCAUGAACGAGAUUAUUCAUCUUUGUGUUGAUUAAUUAAGAGAAAAAGGGUAGUUUUCUAUAGAGACAAGAAGAAUGAGGGUGUCAUCAGCUUUGAACCUGAAGAAAGAGAUGUUGGAAGAUUUGGUAAUAGGUGGAGGGCUGAUUGUGGUGCAAUUUGUGUAUGCUGGAAAUUCAGUUCUGUUGAGCUAUCUGAUGUCUAUAGGGCUUACCCCUCUCACCAUUCUCAUCUUCUCUACCUUUGCCACAUUCCUAGUCAUCUCUCCUUUUGCUUUCUACUUUGAAAGGAAGAAAUGGCCCAAGAGAUUCAACUUCAAGCUUGUGACCCAGCUAGUUCUGAUCUCAUUUGGAGGAGUAACUUUGUUCCAAUCUUUCUUCCUUAAGGGAAUUAAGCUCACUUCUCCGGCCUUGGCCACAGCCAUGCCAAACCUUUCUCCAGGCUUGAUUUUCAUCAUUGCUUGGACACUAAGGUUGGAGAGGGUUAGAAUUGGGUGCAUUUACAGCAAGGUGAAGAUCAUGGGAACAUUUUUGUGUGUGCUUGGUGCAUUAACGAUGAGUUUUAUGCACAGCAGCACGACCAAAGACAAAGAGCCUGCUGUCAUCUCUUCCCCAACUGACAUUUUCAUCAGUAAGGACAAGUUGGUCGGUUGUUUGUAUCUCAUGGUCGCAGUUUUUGUGCUCUCCAGCAAUAUCGUGUUGCAGGCAACAACAUUGGGUGAUUUUCCAGCACCAAUGUCGUUAUGUGGCAUAACAUCAGGGAUUGGUGUGGUGAUAACUGCAAUCGUGCAGCUGCUUCAAGGCCAGACUCGGGAUGUUUUCUUCCCUCUCGUGGAUGUUAGGGACCUAGUUGGCUAUUCCUUAGUGGGUGGUGUCGUGGGAGGAGCAUGUGUGAGCUUCAACGGAUGGGCCAUGAAGAAGAGAGGCCCAGUUUUGGUUGCCAUGUUCAGCCCAAUUGGAACAGUCAUUUCAGUUGUUCUCUCAGUUGUCACGUUAGGAGAGACCAUCAACACUGGAAGCCUAUUAGGGAUGUUGUUGAUGUUCACGGGGCUGUAUUUCUUCCUGUGGGCAAAAGGGAAAGAAGGCUACGCAGGUGCUGACCCUUUGGAAAGUAGUGAGUUCGACCCACAUAAGCCUCUCCUAAGCUAACCUCACAAAUUUGUUUUUACUUUUUUACUCCAAUCAAAAAGUAAAUUAAUUUGUACCUUUUUCCCAUUCUUCUUUUUUGGCGUUUAAUUUAGGAAUGUAGAGAGGGUAGGAAAAAUGGCUACGUAGGAGGAAUAUCUAUAACCUUAUCACAGAUGAGAUGAUGAUCAGUUUGUAAUUUGCACAAUUUUUCUAUCUUGGAUAAUCAUACUUAUGAUGAUGGUGAUUAGAGACAAAAUCUUCUUCCUAUUUGUUGUUCUCUUUUAAGCAUUUGUUUGCCAAAUGUGAGUACGUACGAAAUAUGUAAUUGUUGG